AGCGAGCCUCAAGAUAUCAGCUCUGAAUGGGAAUGCCGAAUGUCCCGUUCCCGUAAGAUGGUUUAUUAUUAUAACCGCGCUACUAAAGAAAGUACCUGGGAACUUCCCGCUGGAGUUGAUCCUAACACUAUUAAAGGUUAUGAAGAGAAAGUAGAACGAGCACAAGCUGUUGAUCCUUCAAGUGGUACAGAACAAAUUAGAGCUAGCCACUUGUUGGUCAAAUAUGAAGGAAGUAGACGUCCUAGUUCUUGGAAAGAGCCGACAAUAAAACGUACGAAAGAAGAGGCGCUUGAAUUAAUUAAAAUCUAUCAAACUAGAAUCAAAUCUGGAGAAAUCACUCUUGAUGAACUUGCUAGUACAGAAUCUGAUUGUUCAAGUGCUAAACGUAAUGGUGAUCUAGGAUUUUUUAGUCGAGGACAAAUGCAACCUGCUUUUGAAGAAGCCGCAUUUAGCCUUAAAGUUGGAGAAUUGAGUGAACCAGUUUGGAGUGAUAGCGGUGUUCAUUUGAUCUUAAGAACAAGUUAA